AUGAGCGCCGCGGACAAGGUGAAGCCGGCGGCCAGCCCGGCGUCGGAGGAUCCCUCCGCCAUCGCCGGCAACAUCUCCUACCACGCGCAGUACAGCCCCCACUUCUCGCCGCUCGCAUUCGGCCCCGAGCAGGCCUUCUACGCCACCGCCGAGAGCGUCCGCGACCACCUCCUCCAGAGAUGGAACGACACGUACCUGCAUUUCCACAAGACGGAUCCCAAGCAGACCUACUACCUGUCCAUGGAGUACCUGCAGGGCCGCGCGCUCACCAACGCCGUCGGCAACCUCGCCAUCACCGGCGCCUACGCUGACGCCCUGAAGAAGUUCGGCUACGAGCUCGAGGCCAUUGCUGGGCAGGAGAGAGAUGCGGCUCUGGGAAAUGGUGGCUUGGGCAGGCUUGCAUCUUGCUUUUUGGAUUCAAUGGCAACACUGAACUUGCCUUCUUGGGGCUAUGGCCUUCGUUACCGAUAUGGCCUGUUCAAGCAGCGCAUUGCCAAGGAGGGCCAAGAAGAAAUCGCUGAAGACUGGCUUGAUAAGUUUAGCCCAUGGGAGAUUGUCAGGCAUGACGUCGUAUACCCAAUCAGAUUUUUCGGCCAUGUCGAGAUUUCGCCAGAUGGAAAGCGGAAAUGGGCCGGAGGAGAAGUUCUGAAUGCUUUAGCCUAUGAUGUGCCAAUUCCUGGGUACAAGACAAAAAAUGCAAUCAGUCUUCGCCUUUGGGAUGCAACAGCUACUGCUGAGGAUUUCAACUUAUUUCAGUUCAAUGAUGGCCAGUAUGAGUCAGCUGCUCAACUUCACUCGAGGGCACAGCAGAUAUGUGCUGUUCUCUAUCCUGGUGAUGCUACAGAAGAAGGAAAGCUUCUGAGAUUAAAGCAGCAGUAUUUCCUUUGCAGCGCAUCACUUCAGGAUAUUAUUUUCAGAUUUAAAGAAAGAAAAGCUGACAGAGUUUCAGGGAAGUGGAGUGAGUUCCCUUUCGCAGAUGAUGAAAAACUACAUGCUGAGUGGGCAGCAGCCAAGCUGGCCAGCAAAAAGCGCCUAGCCAAGCAUGUAUUGGAUGUGACUGGUGUUACAAUUGACCCAAAUAGCCUUUUCGAUAUUCAAAUUAAACGCAUCCACGAAUACAAGAGACAGCUGUUGAACAUUUUGGGAGCUGUGUACAGAUACAAGAAGUUAAAGGAAAUGAAAGCAGAAGAGAGGCAGAAGGUCACACCACGCACUGUCAUGGUAGGAGGGAAAGCAUUUGCAACAUACACCAAUGCUAAAAGAAUAGUGAAACUGGUAAAUGAUGUUGGUGCUGUGGUGAACAACGAUGCUGACGUCAACAAAUAUCUGAAGGUGGUGUUCAUUCCAAACUACAACGUAUCAGUGGCUGAAGUGCUCAUCCCUGGCAGUGAACUGUCACAGCACAUCAGUACUGCAGGCAUGGAAGCAAGUGGAACAAGUAACAUGAAGUUCUCUCUGAAUGGCUGUGUUAUCAUUGGAACUCUCGAUGGAGCCAAUGUUGAAAUCAGAGAAGAAGUAGGGCAAGACAACUUCUUCCUUUUCGGUGCCAAAGCAGAUCAGAUUGCUGGUCUGAGGAAGGAAAGGGAAAAUGGCUUGUUCAAGCCAGACCCACGCUUUGAAGAAGCCAAGCAGUUUAUCAGGAGUGGUGCUUUCGGCACUUACGACUACACUCCUCUCUUGGAUUCCCUUGAAGGCAACACUGGAUUUGGGCGUGGCGAUUACUUCCUUGUUGGCUAUGACUUCCCAAGCUACAUUGAUGCACAGGCCCGGGUUGAUGAAGCCUACAAGGACAAGAAGAAAUGGAUCAAGAUGUCUAUCUUGAACACGGCUGGAAGCGGCAAAUUCAGCAGCGACCGCACCAUCGACCAGUACGCCAAGGAGAUCUGGGGCAUUUCGGCCUGCCCUGUUCCAUGA